GCUGGCGGCGACGGGUUGACGGCGGCAUUGAGCAAGAUUCGUAGGGUUGAGGUAAGGCAGGUGUUGGUUUGUUUUGAUGGCCAUGGCAUGCUGGACGGGUCUGACGGGCGCUAAGAGAAGGCGUACCCGUACUUAGCGAACGCUCGAUGGCUGCUUCCCCCAACCUCCACCCAACAUAUGUCGCUGGUCACAGACACAAAAACGAGGCAUGCUGCCAUGCACUGCGGCAGAAGCGUUCGGCCUCCCUUCCCAAUGGCCCGCCGCCGCCUUGCCAGGGAUCGCGGCGCGGGGGCCCGAAAAAACAAAACACCACCGACCCCGGCUGCUUGCCGCAACCGAUGCCUUCUUCAACUCACGCGGAUAUGCAGCCGGGGACUCUUGCUGUCGGUUCCCUCCUCGUGCAGCCAGUGCGACACGAGGCGUCAUCCCACGUUGCGCUCCCCUUCGCACGCCCUCUCCUGAGGCCCGAGAGGCGCACAGGACGAGUCCCUCGCGCGUGGCAGAUGGCGGAUCGGCGACAGGGACAGACGGGCAGAUCAGCUAUAUCUGGCCCUGCUUGCCGGUAUGUGAAGACCGUUGCAAUUUUGAUCACGAGUAAAACAGGCCGCUGUUUGGUGCGACGCCGCCGUCUUCUCUCCCGAGAUCCACCUGCGUGGUUACACUGUCCCUAAAAAAGCACGCGGGACGCGCGAGGCUGCGCCAUAAACGCCUGUCUGCUGCAAGGAGCGGGCUUUCGAUGUAGUUGUAUGGCCCGAAAGCAGCUAGGGGUCCAAGAUCGUACUCCCAACCAGCCAACCAUCGACUACCCACCCUCUCGGUUCACAUCACCAUCUAGUGCAGUUCCGUGUCCAUGGACCAGUCGGGUUCAAAUCUCUGCCGACACUGGCCAAUUCCCGCCGCUGCCGAGAUACACUGCUGCUCAUCCUGUACUUUUACUUCAUCAUUGUCAAAUGCGCUGCUUCAGCUUCUCUGAUUUGCCUCUUUCUUUCCUCUACACAGCCAUUGGAGAACUGA